AUGGGGCAGUUGGUGGCCUUCCCUCGUAAGAAGGAAGAUUUUGCUCUAUUAACUCUAAAAUACCUGUUUUUUAUUUUUCUAAUCAAUGGUCAAGAGCUAUCUUAUCCACUUUACGCACGCGUCAAUGUACAUUUAAGUGAUAGUAAAACAUCAAUUGGUACACUUUAUUUUAUUCAAGGACAGCGAUCGAGUCCUGUUAUUAUUCGUGGAAAUUUGGCUGGUUUGAUUCCAAACACAACAUAUCAUGGCUUUCAUGUUCAUACAUCGAAAGUUGAUGAUCAACGUCCAAACUGUACAGCAGCUAACGCACAUUUUAAUCCGUUCAAUCGAACACAUGGUGCACCUGUUUCAACAAUUGAUCACCGGCACGCUGGAGACUUAGGUAACAUUUAUGCAGAUGGAUCUGGAAAAGCAGCAAUAUUCAUAGCUGAUACAAUAAUUCGGUUAAAUAGACCUACUGGACAACGAUCAAUAUUAAAUCGUACGAUAAUUGUACACAAAGAUAUCGAUGAUUUAGGUCUAGGUGGACAAAAUGAUUCAUUAACUACAGGCCAUGCUGGUGCACGAUUAGCAUGUGGCCACAUUUUUUCAACAACAAUGACCGAAAACCAAGCAUUUAAAACGUUUUUAUUCUGA